UCUUGGAGCAGAACCGAGCCAGCAACCGUGCUUGAGGAAACUUGAGUCAUUGGACCAAUCGGGGAACGGUGGUUCCUAACGGCGAGGGACAGCUUCCCGCCCCCGUGGAGCCGCCAAAGACGCUUGAUGUGGGGUACGAUGACGAUCCUUACUUUUUUUUUUCCUUGUCGUCUUCCAACCUCCCGAGGCCAAAGAAACGACUUUCCCUGUGAUGAAUAUGUCCAAUGCUUCAAUUUUUUGGUUCGAUGAAGCCCCUUGUAAUUCUUCUCCGUUACAAGAAUGAUCGAACAUUCCCAUUCGGUGCGCCUGUCCAUUUUCACUGCCUCGAUGACCUAUUUUCGUCUUUGAGAAUGGACGGUAGAUUAUGCUGGCCUGUGCUUCUGUGUGUUCAUAAUUUCUUGAAUUUGUACUCCGUAUUCCGAGAGAGUGGAAAGGGCGCGACUUUGGAGAGGCUUGUUCUGGAUCCAUGAUCUCCAAGAGAGGGAAUUUUGGCGUUCCGUACCCCUGUGCCGGGAGCUUUUGCACAUAAGGAAACAGACUUCCGCCUGAAACUCCACUCUCUGCCGUCUCGCUGGGUCCAAUGGUCGGCAAACGCUGAACAAGGAUGGCGAGGUUCUCCCUUCUCAUUGUCGGGGUUAAUCCGCAUUUGUGUCGACAAGUGCAUGAAAAACUCCUCCCUGUUGCGAUGCUUUCUUUUGAUGUCCCAUCCUCUUUUGUUGUUAUCCCCAUCUAUCAAACGAUGAAUCCUUGAUUGAUAGUUGAGUGUAUCCCCACUUGAGAUCGACCUUCUUCAAAGUGGGAUCUUCUUAACGGGGGGGUUGUUCAGGAUAUAUAUGGUUCUGGAACAUCCACUCCUUUGGCCAUUUUCUCUCUGGCCUUGAGCACACCUAUCUUCCAUCCUUAAGCCACAGAGCGUUGAAGAGAAGAUGGCUUCAAACGCAGGGAACGAUGAUGCCAACAAAGGGCCCAUGCUGUUGGCAGUGAUGUGGUCUUUGACCAUUAUCACUGCCAUUAUUGUCACCGCGAGAAUCUAUAUCAGAGCAAAAAUCGUGCGAAAUCUCGGCCCGGAUGACUGGCUGAUUAUUGUCGGAAUGGCCCUGGGUAUCGUUUAUGUUGCUAUAACGCAUGUCAACGUGGUUGUUGGCUACGGCAGGCAGCAAAAGACCCUCGCUAUAGAGAAUAUCGAGACUGCGAUUAUGCUGAAUACAGUCAGCUUUAUUUUCGGCAUUCUCUCAUUCACAAUUCCCAAGCUUGCGGUUGCUGCCAUGUUGAAUAGAAUCCUGAAUCCCACUCGUUUCCAGCGUUAUUUCCUCUGGAUUUUAACUGGGUUGGGUACCGUGAUAUCCAUCGUGUGUAUCCUGGUCCUCUUUACCAUGUGCUCUCCCCCACAGGGACUUUGGAGAGUUCGAAUGAAGGCUAAGUGCAGAGACACCUGGAUCCUUAUCAACUAUGCAAUUUUCACUGGAGCUGUAUCGGCAUUUGUCGAUUUAUAUCUGUCGAUCUAUCCGACAACCGUACUGUGGAAACUUCAAAUGUCAACUCGGAAAAAGGUUGCGUUGAGCGCUGCUUUAAGCCUUGGAUCUAUCGCGUCCGCUAUGGCAAUUAUAAAGUGUACACAGCUUCAGGGGCUCGCCGAUCAAUCCAACUAUACAUAUAGCACUGCUGAACUGGUAGUUUGGACAAACAUUGAAGCAAACGUCGUCGUCAUAGCAUCCUGCAUCCCAACCCUUAAACCCCUGAUUGAGCGUCUUAGUGGAACUAUAAAAGGUUCACGAGGUAGCAGUGGCCGAUAUUAUGGACGCUACGCCAAAGACAGCAGCGGGCAAAUAAGAUCCUCGUCGCAACGAAGCAAGCGAUUUAAUUCGAAGAAAAACAGCAUUUCAAUUACCAAUGCCGUUAGCGAAGAGAGUUUCCUGCCAACUCACGAGACCAAACAAGGCAUCCGUCGGACAGACGAUGUCUGCGUUGAGUACGAGAUGCAGGACGAGUUCUCAAGGGAGGCCAACAUCCCAAGCCAGCACGUUUGAGCCUCAGGAAACAGAAACUUUCCUCAGUCAAGAGGAAUUGCCACGGCUCGUUGGAAUAGGAACCGAUCCGAGCGUCAUUAAAUUUAUGCAUUUGAGUGCAAUGUUUAAGAGUACCUCUUGUGAAGUCCUCGACGGGAUUGAACUCAUUCCCAGUCCGUGUCUCUAGGCGUCUCUGCAGUGGCAAUGGGAGACGAAGCUGGGAACACACUUUUCAGGGAAUUCGGAUGCGAAUGAUGCUAUAAAUUCGCGACCAUACUUGUACAUACAUAUAUAACUUCACCACUUCAGGCUUGGGUCGGACAAUGGACGGCUUAAGAACCACGCGUCGAAGGAUAAAUCGAUACAUACUGUAUAUUUAGAUAGUUUGGAGAGGGAACGGAGUCGAGUAGAUAGGUUCCUUGCACAUAGUUGAUUCCUUAUGCAAUGAUAAGGGUGAAUAGAAGGGAGCCGGGA